ACUGCAUAAACACACGAGGCCAGAAUUUCCUGAGCGGCGAAGGAGAGAGAAGAGAAACUCCAGCUCGGAGGAGGACAAAACAGCUGGAAAGCAUCCGUUCAGGAUUACUGAAAAUGUUCCUGGCGAAACUUUUCUUCCCUCAUCGGUUCCUAUUUUAACAACAGCUGUUGGGUAGGAAUGCGCUCCAGAGGAAAACUAGACCGCAGCUCGUCCUGUGUGAAAAUCUAUCUGUGCUCCAACCCAGGAGACAGCGUGGUUGAACGCAGAGCUCUGAGAGAGAGUGUGUUCCCCAGACUUAGAGAGCACUGCAGACACUCACUGGGACUGGAUGUCAGGGUGAUAGACCCGUUUGAGUCCAGCGAUCCGAGCCGAUGGCCCGAUGAGACCACAAGGCAGCGGCUCAUACAAGAAUGUAGAGAGAGUUCGUCCGGACCUUUUUUACUGGCUCUGGUGGGACAUCAGUAUGGCCCAGGCGCUCUGCCCUCCCAGGUGGAGGUGUCAGAGUACCAGCUGCUGCUGGAGGAGAGCCAGCGGGCGGGCGUCAGCACCCAGGAGCUGGAGAGCGCGUACCGGAGGGACGAGAACACCAUCCCCUCCUCCUACUGCCUGAGACCUUCACACGGGUCCACCUGCCCUCCCCUGAAAGAGGUUAAGGAGGAAGAGGAGGAAAUGAAAAUCAAAGCUAAAGAAGAAGAGCUGAGGAAGGUGUUUCAGACUGCUGUGAGUCUGUGUGUCCAGAGCGGCCUCAUGACUCCAGAGAGAGGCCGCAGCUUCUGCAGAUCAGCCCUCGACGUAGACCUGCGAUUCGCUCUAGAAAAGUGCCCCGAUGAGGACAUAGCUGGACGCUGCUUGGUUUACGUCCACAAGGUCGUCAACGCGAAAGGAGAAAGGGAAAAGAAAAUGACGAAUGACCGGCUGCAUCCAGAGACGGAGACCGGGGCCUCUGACGCGGCCACACAGAGCUUAACCCCAACCAGUGACGAGUUAUUGUCAGAGCUGUGCGCCGGCUUCCUCCCCAGUCUCAUCACUUCCUGCCAACUCUUGGUCUACACCAGAACCACAGAGUGUGACCGUCGCCACGGUUACACGUCAACCAGGAGGCGAGGCUACGCCGAGUCUCUGUGCCAGCAGGUGUACUCUGACCUGGUGGAGCUGAUUGGCAGCUUGGACGUCCCAGACGCCGAGGGAGACUCUCCUCUGUGCGAUGCUUGGUCCCGAGAGCAGGUCGAGCAGGAGCAGCUGGGUGUCCUCCUGUCUCGGUUUUAUGACAUCUCCCAGCCUGAGGAGGGAAAGAUCAGAGACUACGUGGAGCGAAGGGACAGGCGGUGCCCCCUAGUGGUGACAGGAGGACCAUGCACGGGAAAGACUGUCCUGUUGGCCCACUGCACUCAGCAGAUGAAGUCUUGGCUCACAGACAGCGAUCCCGUGGUGAUCACUCAUUUUUGCAACCUGUCAAUCAAUACGUCGCCAGAAUGUCUCCUGUCCGGUCUGUGUCGUCACAUAGCUUCGAGAUAUCACUACAACUCAACCUCUAAGCAGAAUCCCAGCUCCUCUCAUGGCACAGAUGUGGACGAUCCAUCCUGUGAAUCCAGAGGGAACAUAUCCAACUCUAAUUCAACAUCUGCGCAGGAUCCUCACACUGAAUCCAGCACCAAAGAGUGUGUUUCUGAGUGUAGACCUAAAAUAUCACAUCCAGAUCCUAGAGGACUCAGUUCUAGUGUCAUAAAACCUGACCUCUCUGAACUUAAAGAAAGUCUCUCAUCCCUUUGCAACCUCCUGCCUUCUGAUAAACAUCCUCUUAUUCUCAUCCUCGAUGGUUUGGAUCAGCUUGAAAACGAGGUCGGACCCGAAAUCAUCAACAGCCUCCCCUCCCCCUUACCUCCUGAUGUCAAGCUCAUCCUUUCAGUUACCUCCAACCGAACGCAUCUCCUACAAGCCGUCCGUCUCCAUUACCCACAAGGCAGCGAGAAGGAGUCAGGACCAGAGUGCGUCCAGCUGGGAUCGGUGGACAGGAAGCAGUCUGUGAAGAUGGUGGCAUCGCUGCUGGGAUGUUCAGGGAGGAGGGUGACGUCGGGACAACAGGCCCUGGUGAACCAGGCGCUGACCUCCUGCUGCCUGCCUCUCUACGCUCGACUCCUGCACACCCUCACUUCUCUCUGGCACUCUGAUUCAGACGUGACUGAGGCGUCCAUCCCUGGUGGCAUCCACUCAUCCAUUUCUUCUCUGCUGGAUCACCUCGAGCAGAAACACAGCUCCUCUGCCGUGGCUCGUGCCGUCUCUUACCUCACCCUCUCCAGGGCCGGGCUCGCUGAGGCAGAGCUCGCCGAUCUUCUGUACGAUAUUCGUCACAGUGAAGGCUCUAAGAUGCAGCUCCCACAGGUCGAUGUUGAGAGACUUCUUUUGGAUUUAAAGAGCUUUCUCAUCAAAAGGACAGUUGCAGGCUCACAGGUUUUGUCCUGGGUGAGCAGGCAUUUCAGGUUGGUCGCGUUCGAAAGGUAUCUAGGCAGUCAUGACGUAAGGAGGAAGAUUCAUUCAGAGAUGGCGGACUAUUUCAGUGGCCAGUGGGUUUGUGGAAGUAGGAAGUCAUUUCUUCUGAACCAGACAUCUGGAACAAGCGAGGAACCCUCAAUGAAAAUAGACCAACCAUAUGUUUUUGCUCCUUCCAAAGCUGUUGGUGGUCGGGUGAACUUGAGGAAACUCAUAGAAUUGCCGCAUCACUUGCAGCAAAGUGGCAGGUGGAAGGAGCUGGAGCACGAGUUGUUAAUGUCAUUAGAGUUUCACCAGGCAAUGGUUCAAGCUGGUCUUCUAGAAGAUCUGGUAGACAUGCUGGAGUCUAAUGAAGGAGAAUCUCAGUUUGUGUUUUCAAGGGAAAGGCUUCUCCUAGCAAGCGCUUUUAAAUCCUCCGCUUGCUUCUUGCAGAGCUCACCCCUGCAGCUGCCUGCAGUGAUGGAGACAAGCCUCCUGCCUUAUCUGGAAGUCCUUCCUGCUCUCGAGAGUUAUGUCACAAACAUCAGACAGGAAAGCAGGAAGGCAAGAAGUGGAUUAGGAGUAGCACUCUGUCCGAGCCCCUCCUCUGUUCCCCCCAUUCAGUAUUUAAAGCCUAGGGACAAAGCCAAGGAGGUUUGUGUUACAGAAACUGCUGGUUCAGAGUGCGGGAUUGUGGCAGAGGUCAUGGAUGAUGGUUCUGCCUGGAUUUGGAAAGGCGCCAGAUGUGAUGUCGUCAGACUGUCUCUGAGCUGCGAACAGAAGGAGCUGAAGUUUGCUGGAGUGAAGAGCAGCGGUGGAUUCUUCUUGCUCUCGACACAGUGCGACAAGGUUUUCGUUUGGGAUGUGACAGGCCCAGAGGUGCUUGUAGAGGUUAGAGAUUCUUUGAAAACUGAAUUAAACCAAACAACACCAGGCACAAUCGAGGGAUUUGUUGCAUAUCAGGGAAAGUUGUUUAUAUGCUGGAAGAAUGAGAGUUUUGUGAGUGUGUUUGAUAUUUCCAGCGAGACCUUGACUCAUUGCCAGUGUCAGUGCUCUGUGACCUGCUUGGCUUUCUCUUCUGAAGGCUUUUGUGUGUACUGCGGCCAGGAGGACGGCACUGUGUCCAUUUUUGACAUGGAAACCAGCAGCCUGCUUGGCUCCUGUCCGAGCGCAAACUGCAGCGCAGUCACGUCGAUAAUCAUCUGUGGAGAUAAGAAGGAAAUGGCAUGUGUUGAUAGGAAUGGCAAUGUAGCUUUAUGGGAUAUGGGAGUCAAAACACAACCACCCAAACUCACCAGAGAAAUCUUUAAUCGGGGUAAAUCCGAAACUAUUCUCAGCGCAGAUUAUUCCAAGGAAAUCAAUAAUCUUUUGGUGUGUCAAGCCCACCAGGUUACACUGUGGGACACAUGGAACUGGGAGAUGUGGGACCAGUUCUUAGCUCCAAGAGGGAGAGCCUUCACUCAAGCUGUGCUCUCCAAUGAGGGCCACCUUUUCCUGGCUUUGUUGGACAGCUGCCCCCAUAUCCUGGGGUGGAGGCUAAACUCUGGUGAGUGUGUUCUCUUUUUAGAAACGACCAAUCAGCCUCACACACUCCUCAAAAUGGCCUCAAACUUCAUUUGUGUCACUCACGGCGGCUGCCUGACAGUGUGGGACUCUGAGGUGAUCGAUGCUGCGGGGACGGCUCCGAAAAUGGGAUGCGGCGUGAAAGGGGUGGUGGUUGAUGAGAAGGGCGAGUGGUUCUACACCACAGACGGGUCAGAGAAAGUGUGGAGAUGGAGUUUAGACACAGGACUCCCGCAUGCUUACUUCCUGCAUGAUGGCCCUGUGGAAAAGCUCCAGCUCUCACCAAAAAGCAUCCACCUGGUGUCGCUCUCAGGGGGAGAUAUUUACGUUUGGAAGACAGAAACCGGCGAGGAUAUUCUGCGAAUCAGCGGCAGCAGGGCCACAAACGUCCUCAUCACACCCAACGGCAACUGUGGAGUGAGCAUUUCUGAGCGAGGGCUCUCCCGUGUUUGGAAGAUGACUCAGGGAAGUAUUGUCUGCUGCAUACGCCUGCACCUAUCUGACGCCCAGGUGUCCCCCGAGAGCACGUUCCUCAUCGGCCGUCACUCUGGGGACCUGGUCGCUGCCAGUCUGUGGUCGGGCUCAAUAAGCAAGCGCUUCUCCUGCGUGGAAAGCUCGGAGCGCGUUGUCGCUUUCCACGCGCUUUCAGAGCACCCAGAGUUUGUGGUGGUGAUGACUGAGUCAGGGGCGGUGUACACCUGGAAAGUAGCAGAGGAGACAGUGUGCAGGCACUUCCAGCUGCCACAAAUGUUUCACUGUCAGCCACAGGACUUCCAAACGUCCUCUGAUGGGAGCUACGCGCUGCUGUCCAUUGAUAAUGACUCCAUCAACCUCUUGGACCUAUCUCAGGUCAGGCUGUGCUCAUUCAAAGCUGAGGGCCCUGUCAUCAAAGCCUGCUUGGACAAAACAGGAUCCUAUGCUGCCCACAUAUCCUACCCCUCCAGACUGGGGAAGGGCUGCGCUUGCUUCCUGCAUGCAAGGCCCGUCCUCACAGUCACACGACUCUCAGACGGAGAAAGAAUAGGAAGCCUACGUCUACCCAAGAGCCCGCUGACUCUGGUUGUGGGUGAUCGGCAGUGUGUGUUUGUGGGUUUUGAGGAUGGGUCUGUAGGUGUAUACUCUGUUAGGGAUUACGUGAUCCAUGAGAAAGAAAAGGCGAGGUGCAGGGAAAGUGUUACUGGUCAGCUGAAGCAAUGCCCCUUCGACAGAGCACCGCUCAGCUGGGUUCCCCAACCCAAGGCCAAUAUUACAUGGUCUUAAGAGCUUAGAUUACACUCCGUUCAGCCACAGCAUUAUGGACUUAGACAUGUAGCACUCACCAGCAGGUAUCCCCAGCAGGAUGCAGCCUGAUACAGACACACACAAAAACGGUUUAGGGGCAACUCAAAAAACAUGAAAAACACCAAGGUCUCCAACCCACAGAACCCAAAGGACCCCAGUACAAAAGGAGGAGUGUCCAUUGUAUCUAUUGAACAUAUUUAUGUGGAAAUAUUUCAUAUAUUCUAAGAUAUAAAGGUAUAGUUAAUAGGUGGUGAACGCCAGUGUCUCCAUCUGAAUCAUUUGUUUUAGGUGCAGCAGGUCUGGCUCCUUGAUGAUGACUCACAUCACUGCAGAAAACAAAGUAACCAACCAUUUAGUUUCAUUUCAGUGAAAAGAAAAACAACAUCUAAUUGCUCUGUAUCUUUUUUAUGCUGCGUAUUGAUGAAACAAAGAUUCUGUCACAUUUUUUGCCUGAACAAUGUGUUGAAUGAAUGGAUGUUUCAUCUGCGUCUAUUUUUGAAUAAAGAAGUCACCUGUUUUGUAUUGUUAUCAAUGAGUGA